ACGGUCGAAGAGGGGGCAGGAGGAGGAGCUGAGGAACUGCAGCUGCUCAGCAUGAAGGCUGUCCCUAGAAAUCAUCCUUCAAGAAGGAGAGAGAGCCAGGAAGAGAAUAAGACAAUGGCCAGGCAAUGUGGAGAUGUCAGGGAGAAAUUGUGCCAAACCCACCUUUCUGCCGGCGGUGUAGCAGCCCAGCUGUACAGGGGAGAAGGAGGUGUUCCUGUACAGGGGCUUUAGGGCUGCACCAUCUUCUGUGACAUUCUCAUAAACAAGGGAGGAAGACGUGGCCUUGAUGAGACAGCUAUUGGGUCUGAAAGAAAAGCUGCAGGGAGCCACCUUCCCCUCCAGCACCCUUCUGCCCCCCAGCAUGGCAUCACCCAUGAGGAGCCUGUGCACCGACCCUGCCAGAUACCUCCAGUCUUUCCGUCUCUUCCUCACGAAUUCAACCGAGCACCAGUGCAUGCAUGGCUUCAUACAGAGGCAGCUGCCCGCCGUGAUAGCAAGUAUUGGAAACGGGAAGUCUACAAUCAAUAUUCUGAGCGUUGGUGGUGGAGCAGGUGAGAUCGACCUGCUGGUCCUCUCAAAAGUACAAGCCAGAUAUCCAGGGGUCCCCAUCAACAAUGACGUGAUAGAGCCGAGUGCUGACCAAAUCUGCAAGUACAAAGAGCGUGUGGCUGAGACAUCAAACCUUGAGAACGUAAAGUUUACUUGGCAUGUGGAGACAGCUUAUGAAUAUGAAAGUCGAAUGAAUGCAGAGAAGAAGUCUAAAAAAUGGGACUUCAUUCACAUGGUCCAGAUGCUGUAUUACGUGAAAGAUGUCCCAGCGACUAUCCGGUACUUCCACAGCCUCCUGGAAGCACAGGCAAAGCUCCUCAUUAUCCUGGUGUCAGAAACCAGUGGCUGGGAAAAUCUGUGGAAGAAGUAUGGGUCUUCCUUGCCUUUAGAUGAUCUCUGCUCUUACGUUUCUUCUGCUGACAUCAAAAGGAUACUGGAUUCAGCCGGGCUGAAGUACCAGGUCCAUGAGCUCCCAUCCUCCAUGGACAUAACGAGCUGCUUUGUUGAAGGGAACAAGGAUGGGGAGCUGUUGCUGGAUUUCCUGACGGAAACUUGUGAGUUUUCAAAAACUGCUCCUCCUGAACUAAAGCGUCAAGUAAUGGAGGAGUUAAGAAAGCCUGAAUGCAGCGAAGAAAGAGAUGGGAAGGUGCUUUUUAAUAACAACCUGAGUGUCAUAGUGAUUGAGCCAUGAGUUAACCUCUCCUUGCCUCUUGAUCCAAAGCAAAUAGCCAGAUAUGAACUGUUAAAAGCUGAAAUACAUUUUCCAAUAUUUUGUACGUGGCUCAGUUAACUUCAGUACUGACAUAUAAUUUUUGGAACCUGUUAAGAAAUCAAUGUUAAUGUCUUUUGUUACAAGUAAACUUUAAUAUCCAAUUAAUUCUGCACUAAUUAUGAAUGUGUAACUCACUAAGCAGUUAAUUUUGCUUUAUCAUAUGGAUGUUGUAUAACAGAUGUAACUUGCACCAGCCGCUCAGGCCCUGCAGAAACCUGACCGUUUCCUAAGAAAUAAUCAUGAACUGUACAUGGUUUCAGUGUCUUCAUUUAAAAACUUUCUAUGGACCAAAUAAAAAAAAUUACAACUUCUCAGUGCA